CCCCCCCCCGGAGGGAGGAGCUCUCCGCGGCAGGGGGCGGAGGGCACGCCGGGGCGUUUGGCGUGCGGUGCGGCUCCGCUUAGAGGCUGUGUGGAGGGCGCCGAGCGGCCGGGAGGGCUCAGCCGCACUCGAGCAAGUCCGGAGUAGUUGAGACCCGGGCAUCUCGCGCUCCCAAGAGCCAAACGAGAGGGAUCCUGGCCAUCGGGGCACCCGAGUAGUAACCGGGGUGCAGCCUCAGGGUCAGGCUCGGGGUUCUGGUGUGCUGCGCGAGCGAGCUUGUUUGUAGGUUCCCUGCCGGGUAGAGUUACGCUCCGUGCCUUUGUACAGGGCAAGGAAGGAGCCGGCAUGGCCUGGGCUCUGAAGCUGCCGCUGGCGGACGAGGUGAUUGAGUCGGGGCUGGUGCAGGACUUUGAUGCUAGCCUGUCCGGCAUUGGCCAGGAGCUGGGCGCUGGUGCGUACAGCAUGAGUGAUGUCCUUGCAUUGCCCAUUUUUAAGCAAGAAGAGUCCAGUCUGCCUCCUGACACUGAGAACGAAAUCCUACCGUUCCAGUAUGUUCUUUGCGCUGCCACCUCUCCAGCAGUUAAGCUCCACGAUGAGACCCUGACGUACCUCAAUCAAGGACAGUCUUACGAAAUCCGAAUGCUAGACAAUAGAAAACUGGGAGAACUUCCAGAAAUCAAUGGCAAGUUGGUAAAGAGCAUAUUUCGGGUAGUGUUCCACGACAGGCGGCUGCAGUACACCGAGCACCAGCAGCUGGAAGGCUGGAGGUGGAACCGGCCUGGAGACAGGAUUCUCGACAUAGAUAUUCCAAUGUCUGUGGGUAUAAUUGAUCCCAGGGCCAAUCCUACCCAACUAAAUACAGUGGAGUUCCUGUGGGAUCCUGCAAAGAGGACGUCUGUGUUUAUUCAGGUGCACUGCAUCAGCACAGAGUUCACUAUGAGGAAGCAUGGUGGAGAGAAGGGGGUGCCAUUCCGAGUACAAAUUGAUACCUUCAAGGAAAAUGAGAAUGGGGAAUACACUGAGCACUUACACUCAGCCAGCUGCCAGAUCAAAGUCUUCAAGCCUAAAGGUGCAGACAGAAAACAAAAAACUGAUAGAGAGAAAAUGGAGAAACGAACACCCCAUGAAAAAGAGAAAUAUCAACCUUCCUAUGAAACAACCAUACUCACAGAGUGUUCCCCAUGGCCUGAGAUCACCUAUGUUAACAAUUCCCCAUCACCUGGCUUCAACAGUUCCCAUAGCAGUUUCUCUCUUGGGGAAGGACACACACUCACUCUCACGGAUGGAUGGAUGGGCGGGCAGGCGGACAGAAAUGGCUCACCAAACCACCAGCCAGAGCCACCCCCUCCAGUCACUGACAACCUCUUGCCAACAACCACGCCUCAGGAAGCCCAACAGUGGUUGCAUCGAAACCGGUUUUCCACAUUCACCAGACUCUUCACCAACUUCUCAGGGGCAGAUUUAUUGAAACUAACUAGAGAUGAUGUGAUCCAAAUCUGCGGCCCUGCAGAUGGAAUCAGACUUUUUAAUGCAUUAAAAGGCCGGAUGGUGCGUCCACGGCUAACCAUCUAUGUCUGUCAGGAAUCAUUGCAGUUGAGGGAGCAGCAGCAGCCACCACAACAGAAGCAGGAAGAUGGAGAUUCCAAUGGUACUUUCUUCGUGUACCAUGCUAUCUAUCUAGAAGAACUGACAGCUGUUGAAUUAACAGAAAAAAUCGCUCAACUUUUCAGUAUUUCUCCUCACCAGAUCAGCCAGAUUUACAAGCAAGGGCCAACAGGGAUCCAUGUGCUCAUCAGUGAUGAGAUGAUACAGAACUUUCAGGAAGAAGCCUGCUUUAUCCUGGACACAAUGAAAGAAACCAGUGAUAGCUAUCACAUCAUUCUGAAGUAGGAGGAGCAUUCCACAUCUGCUGGCUGCUGCUUCCGUCCUCUUGACGACUGCCUUUUGAAGGGGACAUGACUAGACACUGAAGGUCUUCUGUGAAUGGUGGGCGGGGGCAUGCUGGGUGACCAGGCCCUAAAGUGGAAUUCCAGCCCCCUGUAUUGGCCCAAGCAGUAUGGCACCCUCAGAUCCUGCCAGACAUGAAGUUGAGCAGCAAUCUGCUUAGUUUCUGGUCCCUGUUGGGUACCAAUAUGAACUUCCGUCAUUAGGGUGUAGAGGGCAGGGGAAUGGCGUGACGUUUAAUGGAAAGAGUUUAAUCUUGUGAUAUAGAGCUCUUGUCAUUUUUAUUUUCUUUUGUUUGUUUUUGUUUUCAUUUUGUUUUGUUUUUUGAGACAGAGUUCCUCUGUAUAACAGCUCUUUGUCCUGGAACUUUCUCUUUAGACCGGGUUGGCCUCAAAUUCACAGAGAUCUGCCUGUUAGGAUUAAAGGCAUGCAUCACACCUCCCUGCCAUUUUUCUAGUAUAAACGUGAACAUGUGUAUUCAUGAAACUUAAGUUAUCAAUCUCUUUUGUAUCGAGCAUAUUGUCAGCUCUGAUUUGUUCCCUUGUUUUUUGUUUGUUUUGUGGAGUGUGGGGGACAGUGGUCCAUGUUCUUGCGUCUACUCUCAAGUGCUGGGAUUAUAAACAUUUGCCACCUUGCCUGUUUCUACAGUGCUGGGCUUGAACCAGAGCCUCACAGUGCUAGGCAAGUACUCCAACUAAGCUGCAACAGGCGCUUCCCUUUAUGUUAGGACAGGCGGCUAGCAGUGGCGCUCUUGGGCCUGUCAUCUGAUGUCCCGCCCCACGGAGUGCCGCUCUUCCUUGUCUGUGCUCACCAUCAUUUUUUCCUAUGGCUCUGUGGAAACUGAUGAGUUAGUCAGUCAAGAAAGGAGGACAUCCCUAAGUAAUGAUAAUCAAGACCUGAAAACCAGACAGGUGCCUGUGACCACGAACCUCAAGCACAGAGCGGGAGGCGGGAGAGGCCAGAGUGUCUCUGACUCCCGGAGCUCCUUGUCCUUGACUGGCGAUCUCACACUGUGUGUUUAUAAAUGAGUUAUUCCAGUCUCACUUUUCCUUCCAUCUUAUUUUGGCAUAGUGUUCUUUUAUGUAAGCUUUACAAAAAAUACAUACUUUUCCCAUUCAGACUCAUGCUGUGUCUAUGUUCUGCCUUCCAAAUGACCGUAUGUCUGUAUACAUGUGUAGAAUUGUAAAGUAUUAGGGGUCUUUUUGUUUUGUUUUGUUUUUUGAGACAGGAUUUCUCUGCAUAAUCCUGGCUGUCGUGAAAUUCACUCUGUAGACCAGGCUGGCCUACACAGAAAUCCCCCUGCCUCUGCCUCCAGAGCUGGGAUUAAAGGCGUGCAUCAUCACCACCUGGCCACAUAUAAAGUUUUAUUCAGAAAUUUCCUCAAAUUUUGCUGAGAUGAACAAAGAUAAUGUUACAAGAUUCUGUAUUGGAUUUGAAUUUAUGUGUGUAUGUUUUUGAAGCAUUUGAUAAAGAUUACAUACACACACACA